AUGGCCGAGCUCGCCCAGCCGCCGGACCACUUCGCCUGCCCGCUGACCUUCGAGCUCAUGGUGGACCCCGUCGUGGACCCGACGAGCGGCACGACCUACGAGAAGGCCGCCAUCGUCGAGUGGCUCACGAAGAACGCGACGUCGCCCGUGAGCGGCGCGGCGCUCAGGCCGUCGCAGCUCGUGCCGAACCUCGCGCUUCGCAACGCCAUCGAC